ACAUAAGCUUUGGGUACACAUAUAAUAUAUAAUCAAUUAAUAAGAAAUAGAAUAUUCGGAAGGUUUCAAGUACGACCACAAGAGUAGAGUAAUACUAAUUACAAGUUCUUCUUUUUCUUAGGGUUUUCUCAGCUUCAGUUUUUCAUUUUUCCUGGUCUUUUCUUUUACCCAUUUCGACAUUUUCAAACCCCUUUUAGAUUUUUAAUUAUAAAAGGGGGGAUUUUUGCUUCUUGGGAUCCAUGCGAGAACAAGCUCAAGCUUGGUGACUUGAAUUCUUUUAAUUUAAAAUUUUUCUCAUAGUGGUUUGGAAACUAUGGAGGCUCGAGCUGGGAUUGUCGUUGAAGGAGGGCAAAGAGCUUUGAAUACAGCUCACGGAAGCGUCGUUGAUGGUGGCGCCAGGAAAUUGUUGCAGCCGCAGCCUCAGCCUCAACCUGUUAAACAGUCUUUGAAUCAACAACCGCAUAUGGGUUCGGUGCAUUUUCUCGCCGGAGGUAUUGCUGGUGCUUUUAGCAAGACCUGUACGGCGCCCCUCGCUCGUCUCACCAUUCUUUUUCAGGUGCAAGGAAUGCACUCCAAUGUUGCAACAAUGAGUAAGCCAUGCAUAUGGCAUGAGGCUUCUCGUAUUGUCAAAGAAGAAGGGUAUAGAGCACUUUGGAAAGGCAAUAUGGUUACGAUUGCUCAUCGUCUUCCUUAUUCUUCUGUCAACUUUUAUGCUUAUGAACGCUACAAGAAUUUUUUGAAAUCGGUUAUUGGGGAAAAUUAUAAGGGUAAUGUGAAUACAGAACCUUUAGUGCACUUUGUUGCUGGUGGAAUGGCUGGAAUGACAGCUGCCUCAGUAACAUAUCCAUUAGAUCUUGUGAGGACACGGCUUGCAGCACAGAGAAAUGUAAUAUAUUAUAAAGGCAUGUGGCAUGCAUUUCACACUAUUUGCAGAGAUGAAGGUUUUUGGGGCUUAUACAAAGGACUUGGACCAACCCUGCUGGGUGUAGGACCAAGUUUAGCAAUAAGCUUUUCUGUUUAUGAGGCACUGAGGAAGCAUUGGAACUCUCAUAGGCCGAACGAUUCCACUGCCGUGGUCAGUUUAACUUGUGGAGGUCUCUCUGGCAUUGCAUCAUCAACAGCAACUUUCCCUCUGGAUUUAGUAAGGCGAAGGAUGCAGCUGGAGGGAGCUGGCGGUCGAGCACGGGUCUACAACACUGCCUUAUUUGGCACAUUUAAGCAUAUAUUCAAGAACGAAGGCCUGCGAGGCUUAUAUAGAGGCAUUCUGCUAGAAUACUACAAGGUCGUCCCGGGUGUAGCUAUUGUGUUCAUGACCUAUGAAACACUACAGAUGUGUUGGUCAAGAAUCCAAACAAGUUAUUAGUAUUGAUUUCCCAUAUUAUUAGUUGUGUUUGUCAAGCUGAUUAGAGCCAUGUUUGAAAACAAGAAAAAGAAUGUAUUAGUCAAAAAUCAGGAGAGGUAGAUAGGAGAAAUAUUUCUAUGGUAGUAAAUUUUGCAGUUGCUGCCAGGAUUCCAUAAUUUUUUUCCCCCAUGUAUAGGUAUUUAGCUUUCUUGCACCAAUUCUCUAUACAAUUUAGGUCUUAGUCUUAAAGCAUUUGUUGGUGAUGAUUAUACCAUAUAUCAGUUUUUUUAUAUUUUUUUUAAGAAAA